AUGACAAAAAAACGCCGUAAUAAUGGUCGAAGCAAACAUGGCCGUGGUCGCGUUCGUCCAGUUAAUUGCACAAACUGUCGUCGUUUAGUUCCAAAAGAUAAGGCAAUUAAAAAAUUAAUUAUUCGAAACAUUGUCGAACAGGCAGCUGUGAAGGAUAUAAGUGAAGCUAGUAUUUACGCCAAAUAUAUUUUACCAAAACUUUAUUACAAAUUACAUUAUUGUGUUUCAUGUGCUAUUCACAGUAAAGUUGUACGUAAUCGUUCUAGAGAAGCACGUCGUAUUCGUCAACCACUUUUACGUCCACAACAAGCUCGUCAACCAGGUGCAACUGGUGGCCAAGGUAAUACCGGUGCAGCUGGUCAUCGUGCUGCCAACAAAGAAUCACUACAACCAGCUAAUAUUCCUGUUUCUAAAAUGAUGAGCAACAAUGAGAGUCAACAUCGACGACAUCUUCUUCUUGGUAUAACAGGAAGUGUUGCAGCGAUUAAAGUAAAUGAACUUGUUCGUAAUUUUAAUAGUCAUAAUAUCGAUAUAAUUGUUAUUCCAACUGAACGCGCUAAACAUUUUAUUAAUUUUGAAGAUUCUUGGUGUUCUCAUGGAUCCAUUACUCAAAUAAAAAGUCCAUGUUAUUUUGAAGAUAAUGAUGAAUGGUCAUCAUGGAAAACACGAGGUGAUCCUGUUUUACAUAUAAUACUUCGUGAUUGGGCUGAUAUUUUUUUGAUUGCACCGCUUGAUGCUAAUACAUUAGCUAAAAUGACAGUUGGUUUAUGUGAUAAUCUUUUAACAAAUAUUGUUCGUGCUUGGGAUUUAAAAAAAAGAAAACCAUUAAUUAUUGCACCGGCAAUGAAUACAGCAAUGUUUGAACAUCCUCUUACAAGACAACAUUUAGAUAUACUAACAAAAAAUUUUGGAUAUAUAGAAAUUCCUUGUAUUGAAAAAACAUUAAUGUGUGGACAAACUGGUAUUGGUGCUAUGGCAUCAGUAGAAACUAUUAUUGAACAAACUUUGAAAACAAUUCAACAGAUGUCAAAUGAUGAAUUAUAA